AUGCCUGAUGCGGCGCAGAGAUUCUGGGCCCGUCGAAGCCGACUUUCGUCUGCCAGUGCGCGUGUGGUGAAGGUUCAAGGGAAGGGCGGGGCUCCCCGUGCGCGAGGCCUCGCGGCCCCACGGCGCUGGCUGCGGCAGGAGAACGCGGAGGCCACCGCUGACGACGGGGGCGGAGGAGAAGAGGAGGAGGAGGAAGGGGACCUGGUGGCGGUGGCCGUGGCGGUGGCUGUGCUGCGGGAACUGCCACCUCUGCCCGUGGCCCCGCCCCCGCCCCAGGUGCCCGCCACUCGCCCGCGCCAGCGCGCGUCGCUGCCUGCCGCCCGCGCCCAGCGCCGCGCCCUGGAGGGGUCCCCGCCCCUGCCUGCGCCGCUCGUCCUGCUCCCUCUGCGCCUCCUCUUUGCCCCGAAUCCCGGCGACAACGAGAAGAAGGACAAAGACAAAGCGCCGUCGCCCUUCGAGGCGAGCAAGAAGGACGCGGAGAACGGCAGCGCCGCGCAGCAGAACGGCAUCGUGCAGAACGGCCUGGGCGACGACGACAAGGGCUUCAAGUGGCUGGCCCAAUAUAAGUCGAUUCUCCAUAUUGCACGCGCGUCGUUGCAUCAGAGCAAACACGCGAACUUGUUCCCGCGCCGCGUCACAUGGCGUCGUGGGUCGCCCGCCCGCGCUCCUCGCGGCGCCCCCGACCUUCGCAUCGCCGCCGCCGCCGCCGCCGCCGCCGCUUUGCGUCACGCCGCGCAGCCGGAAGUCCACUCAGAGCUCGAUGGCCCCGCUGCUUUUUGGACGAACGCGCACCGCACCGCAUCGCCACGCCACGCCACGCCACGCCAUGCCGCCACCGCUGCCGCCGCCGCCGCGCUCGCUCGCGCCUUUGUUCCCGUGCGGCCAAUCAUCCGUGUCUGGAGUCCGUAA